AUGGCCCAUAGGCAAGAUAGUAAGGAUGAGCAGCCAAUAUCGCCCACACUAGAGCGACAGCGCAUGUAUGCUCCUCAAUACCAGUAUCCUCCUCAACAACAGUACUACCAGCCAAUGCCCCCUCCAGGCUCAAGACCGUACUAUCCUCCACCAGGACAGCAGGUCUAUGCUCAACCCUAUCCUGGGCCAUAUCAUCCUCAAGCACCCUACGGAGCCGGCCCAUAUGCCCCGGCUGGAAUGUACUAUCCUCCUCACAAUGGCUACAAUCCAGCUGCCGAUCCUGGCUACUACAUGCCUACUCAAGGGGAUCCUUAUUAUGAUCCACAACCUACAGGUCAACCACCUGCUUAUGGCAACCAAGGAGUGCCACCCCAUCUGAUUCCUGUCCCGCGUCCUACUGUAGAAGAAUUGAAUUAUCGUACAUCGUCAAUCCCAACCGGCUACUCUGCUGCACCACAAACUAUACAACAACAACACUCACCUGCUGUAUCACCAAUCCCAUCUCCUAAUAUGCAACAUGCUCCUCCAUCUCAUAGAGCCUCAGUAGCUUCAUUUGCCUCUGGCCGUGAAUCAAUCAUUAGCAUAGCAAAUCCUCCCUCAGACACUAAUAGUAAUAGUAAUGGUCAUCGGGACGGAGCUGGCAACAAACAAGAUGAUUCUCAAGGAUAUUUGCCAGUCAUACCUGCUUCGCCACUAAUCCUACAACAACAAACUAUUGGAAAGACAUUGUCGGGUGCUGAAGCGACUCUGGCCAAAGCUAUAGAGCAGAGGCAAGAUCUGGCUACUAUUAGACGAUUGACUGAGAAUGUAAAUGUUGGCAAGAGUAAAUUGGAGGCUGUUGGAAGGGCAAUCAGAGAAGCUCAAUCAAAACUAGUAACAGACAUCACUCCCAAAGAAAUGGCAGUAGCAAUCACAGCAUUUGAUUCAGACAUGUUGGAAUUCAUACGCCCAACUGAUUUAGCAAACCAUGCUGCAGACCCACAGCAUCCACCAUAUCCGAUCAAAUCUUCCCUAGAUUUCGGAUAUUAUAUACGUCGUCUAGUGCAAAUAACCGUUGUAGUACCCUCCAUUGCCGCAUCUCGAGUACGAGCUAUUCAGCACUGGAUGGACGUUGCUAAAGAACUACAAAAACUACGAAACUUCCAAUCAUAUGGUGCCGUCGUAUCGGGAUUGAAAUCACCCUGUGUACAACGACUAGAAGGUACAUGGAGCCAACUCUCGAAAAGACAAUUAUCUGUAUGGAAUGAAUUGAGGCACAAUAUGUCAUCCGAUGAUUCUUUCAAGAUAUAUCGAAAUAUGCUGUCCAUGUCGAGACCACCAUGUAUCCCACGACUAGAUAUUUUCCUACAUGCAUUAUCAGCACCUGGUGGAUUAGAGCCUGGAAAGAAGGAGUAUGACUUUUAUAGAUCCAAAACCUAUGAAAAAGAUUUAGAAUCUAGAGACCCUGCCAUCCAGCAUUGGAUUGUCGUCCAAAACUGGAAGUCGGAGGAGGCUCUCAAUACUCUUGCUGAAAAGCAGGAACCAGGCAAGGACAGGAAAGACACUGACGAGAAGGAAAGACAGCAGUGGUUAUCCAGGCUGACGAGGGCGGGAGAGUUGAAUGGAUGA